AUGGUUCACUUUCUUUCCAUUGGCCAUCUCAUCAACAGCAUCUUCCACUUCUCAAACAAGAACAAUGCUGGAAGUGCUGCCGCUGCUGCCUCGACGGUCCAAACAUCAGCUACACCUAGUGCUGUCGUCUUUGCCAAUUCAACCUCGACCUCAACUGCCGCUGUCGCAGCUUCGUCCAACGGUACUCAAGCUAUUACCGGUUGCCAGGAUUUGAUUCAAGCUCUAUCUUUCCCUGACCAGCAGGUGUCUGUGGUCGACUGCGAAGACAUCACAGCUGGAACCGCUCUCACACUUCCCAACGGACCUUCCAACUGCAACGGUGGGUCGGUACAGACCGAUCUCCGUAGAGUCACUCUCAAUGUCGUCACCUCUUACGCUUCUUCCAACUAUGUCGAGGUCUGGCUUCCUACUGGACAAGAUGCUUGGAACGGCAGAUUCAUGGCCACUGAUAACAAAGGUCUCUCGGGCUGCCCUUCUUACGAUGAUAUGAUCUACACCUCAAGCCUUGGCUUCGGUGUUGUAGGUGAUAACGGUGGUCACAACAACACUGAGUAUCUCGGCAUGGAUGCUCAACAGUUCUUGAAUAAUAACGAAUUGGUCAUCGAUUGGUCUUACAGAGCUCGCCACGCGGCUGUCGUGGCUGCAAAGCAGGUCAUCAAGACCAACUACGGUCAAGCCGCGAGAACAUCUAUAUCGAUCGGUUGCUCGAAUGGAGGAAGACAGGCUCUUCAAUCCGCUCAGAUGUACCCCGAGGACUUUGAUGGUAUCAUUGCAGGUUCUGCUGCUAGUGACUUCAACCACCACAUCGACUGGUCGGGCAGAAUGUUCAUUUUGACAGGCGCCGAUGAGAGCGACCCCAAGUAUCUGACCUACGACGACUGGGUCAUCGUCCACAAUGAAGUUCUCAAGCAGUGUGAUGAGCCUCUCGAUGGUGUCGCUGACGGAAUCAUCGAAGAUUCAACUAUCUGCGAUUUCAACGCUACCACCUUGACUUGUGUUGAUGGCCAAACCGACAACUGCCUUACCUUCCAGCAAACAUCCACCGUCUGGAACGUCUUCUCUCAGCUAUACGACCAGGAAGGAAACCUCUACUACCCUCGUCUUACUCCUGGUGCCGAACUAUACGCCUCCACCAACGGCGUCUUGCACGGUGUUCAAGGUCACGUCAAGGAUUGGUUCGGUGCUGGCGUUUGGAACGAUUCUUCUUGGGAUCCUACUACGCUUUCCCAGACAGACUACACCAAGGCUGAUGAGACAGACGAAAUUCAUGGCAAGGUCUCUUCCUUCAAUAGUGAUCUCAGUGCCUUCCACGCUGCUGGAAAGAAAUUAAUCAUGUACCACGGUCUCAUGGACCCUGCCAUCACCCCGGAGAACUCUCAGCGGUACUACCUGAACGUUGCCCGCGACAUGGGUCUCGAUCACACUGGCAUGGACGAGUUCCUCCGCUUCUUCCGCAUCAGCGGCAUGUACCACUGCACUGGCGGUAUCGGAGCUUGGGCCUUUGGUCAGAACGGUAAUGCACAAAACGGCACUUCGAAUGUCGUCUGGGACAUUGUCAACUGGGUCGAGAAGGGCGAGGCACCAGACACCAUGACCGGAACUAAGUUCGUCAACGACGAUCCUGCUCAGGGCGUGCAGAUGGAAAGACAUCACUGCAGAUUCCCUUACCGCACUACCUACAGCGGUUCAGGAGAUAGCAAUGAUCCCGACAACUGGUCUUCGCACUACCCUAGAGGACCUUCGUACGCUUAA